AUGUCGUCCUCUCCCAGUGUCACACCGUCCGUGACGCAGCCGAUGGUUUCCCAGGCCUCCCUCGACGGUGUUUUUUUUGAAGCUCUUCUGAGCCAAGAGCUCAACCUAGCUCUCUGGCGGAGCUGCGGCGCACCACAGGAGGCUCUACAGUGUGCGCUGGAGGAGAUGCAGCGGCUAGAUCGUGCUGCUUGCGCAGAGGAUGCGCUUCUACGCUACCUCAAUGCCAGCCGCUGCACCGAACAGCGUGCGUACAAACGGCGGCGCGAUGAGCUGCAGUCGCAGUUGCAUAAGACGCGCGAGAAGGUCUCAGCUCUGGAGAAGUUGGUGGGCGUUGGAACUGCUGGGUUGUCUGCGCGUGAAGUUGGUAUAGGCAAGUGCUUGCGCGCGUGCUUGCUCGAGUAG